UUACAGGAUACAGCAAUGGAAGCUUGGUCAGUUGAUCAGGUCUGCAGUUGGUUGGUGGAGAAAAAUUUAGGAGAGCUAGUUCAUAGGUUUCAAGAGGAAGAAGUAAGUGGAGCCGCUCUUCUAGCACUUAAUGAUCGGAUGGUUCAGCAACUGGUAAAAAAAAUUGGGCACCAGGCUGUUCUGAUGGAUUUAAUUAAAAAAUAUAAGCAGAAGAGUCAAGAACUGCAGCCUCCUGGAAGCCCUAGAGAAAGAGCCCUGCUCAUGCAGGCAGCAGCAGCCCAGGAGUACAGGAAUGAGCAGACCUCCAAUCCAGCCAUCCAUGGGGAGCACACUGCAUCUUUCUCUGCAGCUGGAAACCUUGCUCUUGGACUAAUUGACCAAAGAGUACUGAAACAGAGAAGGAAUGUGAAACAUGUGCUAGCAAGGAAUAAAGCAUCACACUGGACGAAGUCCUAUGUUUUACCAGAGUUUCCCUAUGAUGUCAAGAGCAUGCUAGCGGAACAGAAGUGUCCCGAUCAUAGCGUGAGGAUAAGGAUCAUUGAGUUUCUCCAGGCCGACAUGACUAAGUAUCUGGAAGGCUCAUUGUAUCCCACCACGCAGCAGUAUAACGAUGUGGUCAACGCCCUCCUGCAGGCCCACCCUUUCCUGGACGAGGAUGGCUGUGGCUUUUUUUUAUGGAAACGAGCCCUCAAAGAUCGCUUUAAAUAUGUUCGAAGACCCAUAGAAGAUGAUGAACAAGUGAUGAGAAAUAAGUGUAAAUUUGGACACCGAAGAGGCCAGACAAGGAGAUCUCUUGCUGAUAUAAGAUUCGAUGAAAUUAAAAUUGUCCAGAUAAAAGAAGAAGCUGUUUGUUUAGAUUCUGAGGUAGAUGAACAUAUUAGCUGGUUCCAGCAAGAAUAUGUGAAAAAAGACAAGGACUGGAGAGAAGUUGAUAAGAGGAUGAGCCAGACUUUGCAAAUAAGAAGGAAGUUGAUUGGAAGCAGAACACCUCUGAAGGACAUUCUUAAAAUGUUUCCUUUCCUGAAGUGCCCUUAUCAGAUGUUCAGAGAAUUUCAACUUCUUACAAGAACAGAUAUUUAUAAGAAAACAAGGCACAUUUUGGAAUCCUAUUCAGAAAAUAUACUGACUUCUUUUUCAGUGGUGGACAAUCCAAUCAAUAUUGCAUUGCAAGAAAAAAUGAAACAGCACACAGAUGAAGACAUGUUGAAAUAUAUGAAGAUGACAGCCACAUGUUUACUCCUACCAGAUGUUUUUGGGGAUGAUCCCAGCCUUUUUGUCAUUGUGAAUGAGAAGGUGCAAGUGUCCUCGCCCGUGUUGGAAGUUAAGAACCCUUUUAACAUCGAUGUCUGUGAAUUUUCUUUGUAUUUAGAAAAAGAGAGACUCACAAAAGUGGAUGACUGUGUUACGGCCUUGGCUGCCCUCAUAGCUGCCUUUCAUGUAUUUGGGAUCAAGUGUCCAAGACGACUAUCCCAAACUCUCAACUUCCUAGAGACACUGAUUUUUGAUAUGCACAGUCCCUAUAUUCCUUCUAUGAAAGAAAAGGAAAAGGAAGUAGGAUUCCAACACCUGGUCACUUAA